AAAAGACAAAACCCCCAGCACAGGGCGCUGGUAACGAGCGGAAUUAGCUGCCAAUUAGCGUCGGGCGGUUUCCUCAGGUCCUAUCGCAGGCACUGCCAUUUCGAUGGCUGUAAGCGAUCAAAUGUGUACCCAAACUAGCUUGAAUUGAUGCCUCAAUUGGUCCAGCUAUAUCGAUGCCACUACCAGAGAAUCCAAUCGCUACUAGCCAUGUUGCCCGACCCCAAUUGCCAAUUGCUGCCGGCCACCCCUGAAAGCUGGGCUGUAUGCCGCUGCGAGAUCCCGCGCAAGCUUCCCUGCUGUGACUUUUGCCACGUACCCCAGCAUCAAAAGAAGACAGCUCCCUGCCUGCGCGGUUGCAAGAUAAACCCGAGGCCGACUGGCUGACUGGCGAAACUCUGCCAUCGUACGACUUUACCCCUUUUCAUUUUUUAUGUCGUUUGCCCGCAGAGGCUGUAUUGCGAAGCCCAGCCUACUGUUGGCCGGCCUGACGAAACGGCAGCUCGGCAGCUGCGCCCCAGCAAAAGCUCACCUCUCUCAGCCCAGCUCGGCAAGGCACAGCUCCCCGCGCGGCAAAAUGCCCCUCCACCACUUGAUGAUUGGCACUUGGACGCCUCCUGGCGCCAUCUUCACGGUGCAGUUUGACGACGAGAAGCUCGAGCUCAAGCUGGUCAAGAAGACCGAGAUUCCGCACGACGAACCAAUAUCAUGGAUGAAUUUCGAUCAUGCCAGGAAAAACAUAUACGGCGCCGCCAUGAAGAAGUGGUCCAGCUUUGCAGUCAAGAGCCCGACCGAGAUUGUGCAUGAGGUCUCGCAUCCCAUGGGCGGAGAUGCAAAGGCAAAUUCGCCCGACACUAACACGCGGGCCAUCUUCCUGCUCCCGGCCACCAAGCCGCCCUACGCCGUCUACUGCAACCCCUUCUACAAGCCGCACGCCGGCUACGGCAACGUCUUCAGCGUGACCGAGACGGGCCGGCUGGCCGAGAACGUGCAGAAUUACCCCUACCUGGUGGGCGAGACGGGCAUCCACGGCAUGGUCUUUGACCCGCCCACCGAGACCUUCCUCUACUCGGCCGACCUGAGCGCCAACCGCCUCUGGGUCCACCGCCGCCACAACCCUGGGUCCGCGAACCCGGCCACGCUCGAGCUCGUCGGCUCCGUCGAGGCCCCGGACCCGGGCGACCACCCGCGCUGGGUGGCCAUGCACCCGUCGGGCCGCUACCUGUACGCGCUCAUGGAGGCCGGCAACCGCGUCUGCGAAUACGUCGUCGACCCGGCCACCGCCAUGCCCGUCUUCACCCACCGCUCCUUCCCGCUCGUGCCGCCGGGCAUGCCCCGCCGCGACCCGGCCACGGGCAAGGGCCUGUACCGCUCCGACGUGUGCGAGGUCUCGGCCUCGGGCCGCUACCUGUUUGCCAGCGCGCGCUCCAACGACUUUGGCCUCACCGGAUACAUGGCCGCCUUCCGGCUGGGCGACCAGGGCAACAUCGAGGCCCAGCUGUGCCUCAACCCGACCCCGACCAGCGGCGGCCACAGCAACGCCGUCCGGCCCUGCCCCUGGUCCGACGAGUGGGUCGCCAUGACGGACGACGAGCAGGGCUGGGUCGAGAUGUUCCGCUGGGAGGGCGAGUUCCUGGCCCGCGUCGCCCGUCUGCGCAUCCCCGAGCCCGGCUUUGGCAUGAACGCCAUCUGGUACGACUAGGGGAGGGGAUGUAUAUACAAAUAUGUAUGUGAAUAGCAUGGGCCUGGCGGCGCUAGGAGAACGGCUGCAUUGUCACUCACGGAAUUGACGUGCAGGAGUUGCUCGUAGCCGAGAUUGGGAUAUCCAAGUGCUGCAGCGCCACGCGACGAUCGAGGUGUCCGGCACACCAAGAAUUGACGACCACUUCCGCAGGGGUCGUUUCGAGGUAUCUAUAUUCCAUGUAAAUGUCUCUAAACUCAUAUAUGGCGCAUGCCGUUCUAAAAUCGUGUCC